ACAAUUAAUUCGUACAAUAACAUCAACACAAUUAAUUGAACCAAUUGAUCAUUCAAAUUCAAAUUUAUUAAAUGCACAAGCUGGUAGUACAAAAAAUAUUUUAGAAAAUAUUGAUGAAAGUGAAGAUGAUGAAAGAAUAAAACGAUUAGAAUAUGAACAGUUAACAUUAGGACAAAAAAUUAAAACAUUAAAACGAUCUCAAACAUCUUAUAAAACAUUAAAUGCAGAAUUAACAAGAUAUGAAUGGUUGGAAAAUGCAACGACGAAUUCUGGUCAUAAUCGUGAUCGAAAUCGUAUUGAUUCAGCAAGUUAUAAACGAACACAAUCAUAUGAUCCUAGUAGACCUUCACAUCAUACUCAUUCGGAAAUGGGGGGACGACCAUCAUCAAUACAUGAAGACGAGACAGAAAACGGAACAACACAAGCAUCAAAUGUUAGUAUUCGGUUUCCAUCACAAGACCCAUCAAUGUUCGAUGAUCAUCAAUCAACAACAACUAAUACACUAAAUGAAAUUACAUUUGCACCAGCUAUAGAUUUAGAAUUAAAUUUUCAAAUUCAAAUUGCUAGCGGUUCAUAUAAUCUAUAUACAAGUCGUGAUUUAAUAUCAAUUUCAUCAUUUACAACAAUAAAUUCAACUACACAAUAA